AUGUUCUUGGGGUCUCAAGAUAUUCAAUUAGGUGUAAAUGAAUCAUUGUUGGAUACUAGCAAAGUUGUGUCUAGCAUGGUAGACGGGAUAAUGGCGCGUGUUGGAUCCCACUCUGAUAUUGAGACAUUAGCAAAAUAUUCCACUGUUCCUGUGAUAAACGCAUUAUCAGACAAAUAUCAUCCAACACAAAUUCUUGCAGAUCUAAUGACAAUGCACGAAGUAUUUGGGCCUCAACCCAAAGAUGAGUCAUCGUAUGUUGCACAUUUGACACAUCCUAAACAAACACUUCCAGGAUUGAAAGUUGCAUGGGUCGGAGAUGGUGUACAUCUAUCAGUAGCUACGCCUGACGGAUAUAAUCCAGCAGAGGAAGUGGUAAAAAUUGCACAAGAUGAGGCAGUUAAAACUAAUACUAAAAUUAGUUUUACGCAUGAUCCUAAGGAGGCUGUAAAGGAUGCUGAUGUCAUUGUUACUGAUACUUGGGUUAGUAUGGGACAAGAAUCUGAAAAAGCAAAACGCCUUAAAGACUUUGCAGGAUAUCAAGUAACGUCAUCAUUAGCAAAAGACGGUGGUGCUAAAUCCCAUUGGAAGUUUUUACAUUGUCUUCCAAGGAAGCAGGAAGAAGUUACAGAUGAGGUGAUUACUUUGGGUGUAUUCUAUUCACCAAGAUCAGUUGUAUUUCAGGAAGCCGAGAAUCGUAAAUGGACAAUUCUCUCCGUGUUAGAUGCUUUACUUUAG